AUGGAGUCAUCUAUAGUCGUACGCGGCCUUUACUCCCAAAUUCCUCCCGCCUACGAAUCCCGCGAAGAGAUUAAUCCGGCUUUGUUGAUGAGCUGGUGGGCCACCGCUUUUUCUCUGGCUAUCAUUAUCGUUCGUCUAUGCGGCCGCUAUGUGCGCAUGGAGCGCUUCUUUCCCGAGGACAAAGUGAUGGCGCUCAGCGUGAUCCCCCUUGUCUCUCGCAUGGUCUUGGUACAUUUCGUCUUGACCUAUGGUACGAACAACGUUCAGACGGCCGGUUUGACAGAUGAACAAAUAUCGGAACGAAAGUUGGGAAGUAAACUUGUGUUGGUAGCAAGGAUAUUCUAUGCGAUCUUUAUUUGGACGGCCAAGCUCACUGUCUGUGAAUUUCUGGAACGAGUCACGGGCAUGGUCUCACGUCGAUCAACCGCGAUCUUCCUACGCUUCGUUCACUUCUUCUUGGCCUCGACGCUGGUAGCCGUUGUGAUCGCAACUCUAGCUGAAUGUCAACCAUUCGAAGACUACUGGCAGGUCAUUCCAAAUCCCGGUCCAAGAUGCCGCUGUGGUUAUGCGCAGCUUAUCACAAUGGGUACUUGCGACAUCAUUACCGACCUUCUUCUCAUCGCUUUUCCUGUCCCAAUCGUCAUCAUGUCCCAAAUGCCUGUCAAACGCAAAAUUGGCCUAGUCAUCCUGUUUUGUCUCUCUCUCCUCCUAGUCGGAAUAACCAGCUACCGUGUCCCCUCCGUCAUUGAACGGCGCGGAAAUCAACCCUAUCGCUCCCUCAUCGCCUCUCUCGAAAUUCUCGCCGCAACAGCCGUCUCCAAUGCCCUCGUCAUAGGUUCCUUUGUCCGCGACCGUGGCGUUAAGAAACUCAAAUACAAGCGCGAUAUGGCCUCCGCCUCCGUCAGUGAAAGCAUAGAUAACGGCUAUGUUCGUCGCAACACUGUGAUGCAGCACCAAUGGGGCAGUGAUAGUGAUCUUGCUGGUGGCCUUGGUAUAAGGCUCGACCCCAAGCUACACCCGAGUGCGUCCUCGUCGGAUAAGUCACACUCCACUGUGCCCAUAACUAUGCCUGCACCGCCGAUACCAUUACUCGUUGCGCGUACCGGCUCCCUCGACCCAUCGUGGUCUUUCCAACAAAGCCGGCCUUCAGAUGACGACCGUGUAUCGAAUACUGAUAGCCUGGAAAUGAAUAUCAGCCCGCGAGAGUACAUCAAGACCAAUCAGUCUCCACGCGAAAAGCCCACGCUAUCACAAUCCACCCUUUCUUCCCCACGAGUGUCGUUCUUUGAUGUCGGCGGUCUUUUAGACCAAGACAAAGAAAUUCAACAACACCACUCAAAUUUACGCAUUACACAGAAUGCAGAUUCACCUACACAAGCGAAUCGCCCAUCUCGGGGAGGAAGAGCCUUUUUAGAAGAUCUAGGCGUUUUACCAUCCCGAUCAACCGGCCGGACACCUAGUACUCCCCGGUUUCUUUCACCUCUUGCUCCGAGUGCGAAUACCCGAGCUCAACAUACCCUUCCACCUUACCGAGCUGCACCAGAUGUCUCACUUGAUGUUGAGCUGCAUGAUGUAGGUGGGCUCUUAUCGGAGAGCCCCCCACCUACUCAUUGA